AUGCUCGUUUUGUUGCUGGGGAUCUCCCAAGCGCAGACUGACUGGCCACAGAUAAAAGAUAAAAUAGACAAAUUUGUAAAUGAGAUCCUUGAAUGCAGAGGGAAGGUCGGGAUGAAUCUAGCGAUUGUACAAGACGGCGAAACUCAAUAUACGACGGGCUACGGCUACGCCGACUUGGAAAAUCAGGUUCCUAAUGAUGGCGAGACAGUACAUUUUGUAUAUUCCAUUAGCAAGUCAAUGUGUGUGACGUUAUUUGCCCAAUUGAUAGAAGAGACGGGAAUAUCGUGGGACUCGUUGGUGGUAGAUCUGUUGCCAAACUUCCGAUUCCGAGAUGAGGAGAGAAACAAGGCGAUAAAGUUGCGAGAUUUGCUAGGCGGCUCGAGUGGAUUUCCCGAGGUGCUUCCCGCACAUUUCGAUACAAAGGAAAAGUUUCUCGAGAUAAUCCAAUGCACGGAACCAGUCAUGACCACGCGUGAAAGUUUCUGCUAUGUUGACAAAAAUUAUUUCCUUGCUGGUAUGAUACUUGAACAUUUGACGGGUAAAUCGUAUACAGAAUUGGUGAAUGAACGAAUAUUUGCCCCAUUGAAUAUGAACACAUCAUUUCCAUCCCAAGAGAAAAGGUACGACGAUUCCGUUAGUAAAUGGGCCUAUGGCCAUGCUUUAAUAGAUGGGCAGAUCGUUACUGAUAGACGACCGGGAAGUGAAGAGGACGCCGCGUCAGCAUUUUACUAUUAUGACUUUACUGUGGGACUCAGCGACGCUGAUACCUUAAUAGGGCCAGCAUACGGAGCAAUGUCAACGGCAGAAGAUAUGGCGGAGUAUGUGAAGUUCCAUCUUGGCGUGUAUAGAAAUGAUGGAUCCACCAAUCCAGUUGUAGACCCUGCAAUAUUGAGGGAAAUGUACAAACCGGAUCAAGCCAUAGAUUUCUUGACAUCGUUCCUUGAGGUUGACGGACUAGAUGAUGUGCAAGAAACGUGGAGAAUAUAUGACUAUGGCAUGGGAUUUUGGAUGGGGAAUUAUAAAGACACAGACAUCGCACAACACGGUGGUUAUGGGCCCCAUAAUACAAUUCUGACGUUGUUCGAAAACUGGAACAUUGGCAUUUAUACAUCGAUAACAGGACCCAAUAGGCUCCAAGGACAUGCUACGAUGGCAUUGAUUCAUUUCUAUAUCGCUGACAUCCUUCGGGGCAAUACUCCAAUCUAUGAUAUCGAAUACGCUUGUGAAUACACUCUCCCCGAUAAAUACGGUGCUUACUGCGGGCCUUUUAACAUAUUUCCCGAAUAUAGCAUCGAUAAAUCAAAAAAGUCAACCUCUCCCAUUGAAACCUACAUUGGAACUUAUGUUAAAGGAGAUGAAGAGGUCGAAAUUAAAAUUGGCCGCACUACCGCUGACUUAAUGAUGAAGAAAGGUUGUGAAAAGUACAUCCUUUACCCAAGUGGAGUGGCCAAUGCUUUUGUUGCCCAAUCCACAGGGGAAUGUUAUGGAUGUGCUAAAAGUGUUGUCUUUACAAGCGUAUCCGAAUCUGGGUCAUCAUCGUCUGAAGGUUUCUCAACACUGAGUAUAGAUGGCGUCAAAUUUCGAAACUCAGAGAUGAGUUCUGAGAGAGAAUGUGAUUAAUCAUAUUGACACUUUGUCGACAGAAAGAUGGCAGCAGUGGUAAUAAUAGAAGAGACUGCUAUCUUUCUGUCAAACUAGUCCAUAUGCAAUUAAUCAUAUUGACACUUUGUCGACAGACAGAUGGCACCAGUGGUCAUAAGAGAAGAUAUAAAGAGACUGCUAUCUUUCUGUCAAACUAGUCCAUAUACAAUUAAUCAUAUUG